AUGACUAAUUGUUGCUUUCGAUGUUCUAUAUUUUAUGAAGAUGCACAAGAAGAGGACUAUUUAUUUUUCGAUGAAUAUUUUUUAAAAGAUUAUAAUGAAAAAAAUGAUGAUACAAAAAUAAAAGAAGAAUGUAAUAAUAAAAAGGAACCACCCUUUUUAGAAAAUAAUAAACAAAAAUUCUUAGAUUAUAUACAAAAUGAAGCAGAUAGUAAAAAUUGCCCCCUUAAAGAUAUAUAUAAAGAUAUAUAUAUCAAUUUUUAUGUAUGCAAAAAAUGUUAUGGGUUACAUAAUAUAGAUAUUAUCUUAUUCUAUAAUGAGAACAGCAAAUUUCAUCAUGAUCUUACAAAAUAUGUAGACGAUGUACUCAUUAUAAUAGAUGAAAAUAUAAAAAAUAAUAUUAUUAAUAAUAUGAAAUAUAUUAUCGAAUCUUAUACAAACAAUGUAGAUAUCAUAUUUUUUCUUCUCUAUUUAUAUGUAAAUAAUAUAUUAAAUAGUAAUUUCCUUUUCAACUUACAAUCUUAUAAUGAGUAUUAUAUUAAAAUAAAAAAGUUUAUCGUAUUACAAAAUAUAAUACAAAGUCAUCAACAUUAUUUAAAUAAUAGAAUACAUAAAAUAUUCUCAUAUUUUCUCAUAUAUAUAUUCAUGUUUUUUUCUUAUAAUCACAUCUUUAAAACACUCAAUCUUGACCACUAUCAAAUCAAUCUUAUUACAACCUUGUAUGACAAUUCAGUGUUAGUUUUUAGAAAUAAAAUAUGUGAUCAUAAAAAUAAUAAAAUAAAUUAUAAAGAACAUAUAAACGAUCAAAACUUAGAUGAUAUACAUUUAUACAACGUAACACAUGCUGAAAAUGAUAAUUUUGUUAGUGACCACAGAAAAGGAUAUAAUAAAAAAAGAAAAAAAGACAAUCAAAAAGGAUGUAAAAAUGAAAAUAUUUAUAAAUAUGAUGAAACUAAUAUAUAUACACAUAAUAAACACAAUUAUAAUGAUAAUGACAAUAACGCAGAUAACCAUGAAAUGGUAAGACAUAAUAAAGAUUUAAAAGAAGUAAGUGAUAUAAAACAAAGGGAGCCUUACAUAAGAACAACACAAAAUCCUUCUCAUUAUAACGAACAAGAAAAAGUUAUAUUAAAUGAAUCUAAAACUUAUCAGAUGUAUAUAUCGUUUAAUAAUUUAUGUAUUUGUGGUUAUUAUAAUAAAUAUAAUAAAGAAAUAUCACAAACAGAGUGGGUAAUAAAUAAUAUAUCUAACAGCGUAUUAUCAAUUGAAGAAUGUAUUUCACAUAUUUUCAAUAAUGUUUUUUCUUUUUCGACAUCUACAUUUAUAGGAUCAGGUCGAGAAGAUAAAGAUGCAAGAAUGAUGAAUAUAGGAAGACCAUUCGUUUAUGUUUUAAAAGACACCAAAUUUUCUUUUUUAAAUUUUUUUUUAUUUUUUAGUAAUUUGUCAAAUAAACAAAAAGGAUUGAAAAAUUAUAAUACUAUGAAUCUAAAAACGAUAGAAGAAUAUAACCAAUUUCUUAUACAAGAAAAUAAAAAUAAAAUUAAAAAAGAACAGAAUGAAAAUAUUUUAAAAAAUGAGAUACAAAAAAAUAUAAACCUACCAUAUGAUAAUAACACUCAUAAUCAUCAUCAAAAUGAUAUUAAAGAACAAAAUUUACAAUUUAAUGAUAUAUAUCCAUUAAUUAAAGAAAAAGAUGAAAAUAAUUCCUUAUCUAUUUUAGAUAUCAAAAAAAAUAUUUUUAUGAACAUAUUUUUACAUAUUGAAAAUCUAAAACAACAAUCAUAUAAUAAUAUCAUAACGGAUAUGUCACAAAAUAUUAUUCAUAAUAUAUAUAAUUUAAAUAUUCUUUUUAAACUACCCAUUUCUUAUAGUUUUAAUAAGGAAUUAGAAAUCCUUUUUUCAAAUAUGUGUUCAUUUAAAUAUAAUUCAAAUUAUAUGUAUUCUUUAAAUAUUAAAAAGGACACUGAAACAAAUAUCCUUACUAAUAUAAAAGAAAAAAAAGAACAAAUGAAAAAAAAUAAUGAUAACAACAAUAUAAAUAAUAAUCCACAUGAUAUUAAUCAAUUGACUGAAAUUAAAUUAAACAAUUUAAGUUUUAGUACGAAUUAUGAGUUAGUAAAAAAACUUAUGAAAUAUGGAGAAGAAAGAAAAAAAGAAUAUAAAUGUAUCAUCUAUCAUUCUUCUAAAAUGAAUAAAAAUAAAAUACAACAAAUUAAUGAACAAAUAUAUAAUUAUGAACCACAAACAUUAACAUAUGUAUUAAAUAUUAUGCAGAAAACACCAAUUAGAGUUCUUCAUAGAAGGUCAUUAAUAAAUAGAGAAAGGAAAAUAUUUCAAUUUAAAUUAAUUUAUCUACAUGAACAUUUUUCUUUAUUAUAUUUAUUAGCUCAAUCAGGACUAUAUAUUAAAGAAUUUGUAAAUGGUGAUAAGGGAAGAACCAUACCUAAUUUAAAACAAUUUUUUGGAGAUGACACAUAUGUUAAUAUUUUAAAUCUGGAUGUAGCAACCUUGGUAUAUGAUUAA